GCAAACCUUUUAUCACUUCUGUAGGUUUCUUGACAUGGUAUCAGAGCCUAGAUCUGACCUCUCUUGAUCUAGGUUUCAAUUAAUUUCCGCUUAUUUACUUCGUUCUUUGACCUAAUCUUUGUUAAAAUCUCUGUUAACAAAGAAAUUUCUUAAAAAGAUAAUGAGUGCAUCAUCAUCUUCUUCUUCAACGAGCUCUGCUCUUUCUUCUACAUCCGUUGACACCAAAAGGAAGACAAUUUCUCCAUAUGACUUGUCUUCCAGUGAUAAUCCAGGCAUCAUAAUCUCGAGACCUUUACUGCGCGGUCCGAACUAUGAAGCUUGGGCAACAAACAUAAGAUUGGCUUUAACUGCUCGCAAGAAAUUUGGAUUUGCUGAUGGAUCCAUUCCAAAACCAGGAGAAGAUUCUGAAAAUUUCGAAGAUUGGGUUGCAAACAACGCUUUGGUGGUCUCGUGGAUGAAGCUGACCAUUGAAGAAAAUAUCUCAGACUCUAUCUCUCACUUGGAUGAUUCACACGAACUCUGGACACACAUACAAAAACGUUAUGGCGUGAAGAAUGGGCAGAGAGUUCAAAGAUUGAAGACUGAAUUGGCAACAUGUCGCCAAAGAGGAACGAGUCUCGAUGAGUAUUACGGCAAACUCUCGAGUCUGUGGAAGAGCUUGUCAGAUUAUCAACAAGCAAAAACAAUGGAGGAUGUUCGAAAGGAGAGAGAAGAGGACAAGCUGCAUCAACUAUUGAUGGGUCUUGACGAGUCGAUUUAUGGCACGGUAAAAUCAUCACUUCUCUCUCGUGUUCCUUUGCCAUCCUUGGAAGAGGCAUAUAAUGUGUUGCAGCAAGAAGAUGAAUCAAAAUCGGCGAGUCGUUUUCACGCUGAGAGGACUGAUGGCGUGAGCUUUGCGGUCCAAACACAGUCACGACAAGUUUCAUAUGAGGACCACCGAAAUCACACUUGCAAACUCUGUGGGAAAAUUGGCCACUUCGAUGAAAACUGUUUCAAAAAGAUUGGAUAUCCACCAUGGUGGGUAGAGAAGCCAAGAAACAAAUCGAAUCAAGCAUCCAACGGUGGUCGCGUGACAACUUCAGCUCCAUUACAAUCCUCACGUGGUCGUGGAUCUGCGGACGUUUCUCGCGGCGGCCAAGCUAAUGCCAUGGUGGUUUCUCGUCCUUCGGUCUCAGCAUUAAACACCACCGUGAUAACUGAUUCUGAUAGAGUGGGAUUAAGCGGGCUGAAUGACCACCAAUGGAAGUCGUUGGUUCAGAUGCUUGAAGAGAGACAACCCACAUCGACAGAUCGUCUUAACGGUACGUGGUUUCUUGAAUCUUGGAUUAUAGACACUGGGGCUUCUAACCACAUGACAGGUUCAUUAGAUUUUUUGAAUGAAGUUUGCGACAUGCCUCCAGUCUUAAUUAAACUUCCGGAUGGUCGAUUUACUACUUCGACACGUCAAGGAACAGUUCAGUUGGGCUCUUCUCUGCGGUUGUCUGCAGUGUAUUUAGUUGAUGAGCUGAAAUGUCAUUUAAUCUCCGUAUCACAGCUGACUCGUGAUAGUGGUUGUGUGUUUCAGAUCACUGAUCGUCUAUGUGUGGUCCAGGAGCGCAUUUCGAGGACGGUGAUUGGUGCGGUUAUGGCACAAGCGUUUAGGACAUCCUUCUUCUAAAGUUUUGAAUUUGUUGGAGUUUUCUAGUAGUUGUAGUUCUUUCGAUUCACACUCUUGUGAGAUUUGUAUUCGCGCAAAACAUUCAAGAGAUUCUUUUCCAUUAAGCAAUACUACUUCUCACAAGGCUUUUGAUCUAAUUCACUGUGAUCUUUGGGGACCAUAUCGAACUACGGCACUAUGUGGAUCCCGAUUUUUCUUAACCAUU